CGCUAUGUGUCUCGUCUUAUUGACAGGGCGUAUAGCUCGUUAAGCCUGACAUUCUCCAAAAACGAAGCCCCGAAUCGUCACGACGAGAAACUCCUCAUGAACAGACUGGGCUCUUGGGCUUGCUCUGUAGAUGUCGAGUCGUGUACAAACCAUGCGGUCCUUAGAUUGCAAUUGUUCUUAGAUGCUUUUCAAAGUGUUAAUCCGGAUCAAAGAAGUGUAGUGUAUUGUCACGGAAUACACAACUCCCACUCUAUGUACUGGGACAAGCUGUGGAGUGUGUAUCAGAGUUCCGACGACGACGUGGAGCGGGGUCUCAUCAUUGGAGGACUGGCGUGCUCUAGAGAUCAGCGCCGCCUUAGCGAAUUGCUAAAGCUGUCCAUCGCAGGAGGGGACAUUCGGAAACAGGAUGCCUCUACUGUGUUCUCGGCUGUCUACUCCAAGCCACUAGGUGUCGAUGUGGCUUUGGAUUUCCUCAACGAUAAUUUCGAACAAGUCUCACAAUAUUUCGGUUCCGUUAACAACAUUUUAAAUGGCAUUGCUGGACGGAUG